AUGAUGUACUCCCAAAAAUGGCUUUUGUCACUUUUAUUGGGUAAGGGAGGAUUACUUCAACUUUUAAAAUUUUCUGCACUGUGCGACUAUGCUUUUUCAGCACUGUGCGGGAAAGUAUAGAAUUUAUUUUUUUGAGCAAUGACAUACGCAAGUCGUAUUUUAGAAAGUACAGGGUGGUCCAGCUAAGUUCGCGGAUGUAAAAUGCUUAUAACUUUUUAUAGCAUUGUUCAAUUUUUAUGAGCAAUAGCUCAUUUUAUUCCUUACAAGGGAAGUCACUUUUUUCGCAGAUCGAUCCAUACUGGUGACCUAGUGGACAGUGAAGGCCUCAGGCUGUGUAAGAAGAAUCUGGCGUCCAAAAGUGUUUACGGGCCCUGAGGGCAGAGUUAUGGCUCAUCAAAGUUCGCGCAAAAAGGUUCCGAAAAGACCCUCCAAAAAAACGGGAUCGGAGAAGUGAGCUUCGGUAGCAGAGUGGUUCGCAGAUUUUUCUUUUGUCUGGAAGGGCCAGGGUUCGAUUCCUCUUCCCGGCAAUAAAUAAAAAUAAUAUUGUAAGAGUAGCGUAAGUUACAAAAAAAAAUAUUUUAAAAUAUUUUUUGAAAAAUGUUAUAAUCCUGUCGUUAAAAUUUGGGGAAGUCGUUGUGAGCUUGGACACAGUGAGGGAUGCAAGGGCAUUUUUCCACCGAGGAUCGCAUUCAAUUUCUGGAAUAAUGCGGCGAUUACGGUGGAUCAACACGCCGUGUCAUUGGAGAAAACUGCGGGAACUAUGGCGUAAAGGUAGGACUGGGAUUCUCAAUAUGUAUAUCUCUGAUGUUUUAGAAGACGCCCUUGGUGAUCGCGAUAUCAUGCUGAAGCGUUUGAGUCAAACGCUUGCUGUCUGGGCAGAUGAUAAAUUUAGUGACGAUAUGAACAAAAUCGUCUUUUAACGGCAGGAUAAUAAUAUUUUUCAAAAAAUUUUUUAAAAUAAUUUUUUUUGUAACUUACGCUACUCUUACAACAUUAUUUUUAUUUAUUGCCGGGAAGAGGAAUCGAACCCUGGCCCUUCUAGACAAAAGAAAAAUCUGCGAACCACUCUGCUACCGAAGCUCACUUCUCCGACCCCGUUUUUUUGGAGGGUCUUUUCGGAACCUUUUUGCGCGAACUUUGAUGAGCCAUAACUCUGCCCUCAGGGCCCGUAAACACUUUUGGACGCCAGAUUCUUCUUACACAGCCUGAGGCCUUCACUGUCCACUAGGUCACCAGUAUGGAUCGAUCUGCGAAAAAAGUGACUUCCCUUGUUAGUAGUUGCCAUUUAGUUUAAAAAAAGAUCAUUAAAAAUGAUCAAUCCUACGUCGAGUUAUGACCCUUCAAAGUCAAACAUGCUUUUCACGUAAAUUUUUUAAAAAAUUUAAUUUUCAAAAAUUUUUGAAUUGCGGUGUCACCGUUCGCUGGUACCGGGAAAUGAUGGUGAACAGAGCGAUCCCAGGUAUGCAAAAUUGGCCCAAUUUUGCCAGUCUUCUUUUUCAACAAGAAGGCGCGCCACCUCAUUUUGCUAUAGCGGUCCGUCAACUCCUUGACCAGGUCUUUCCAGGUCGUUGGAUGGGCCGGGGAUCUGCGCGGCAACCAGCUCCAAUUGCUUGGCCCCCGCGUUCACCUGAUCUAACUCCGCUACAUUUCUCCAUUUGGGGGUUCUUAAAACAGCGGAUUUUCAUCAGGGAUUGGCGCCCAAAGACGUGGAAUUGAAGCGCGUAGUCGAAGAAGACGUGGAACGAGUUCGCCAGGAUGAACAAAUGAGGCGCCAAAUUAUGGAAGAAUACCAAAGACUGGCAAAAUUGGGCCAAUUUUGCAUAGCUGGGAUCGCUCUGUUCACAAUCAUUUCCCGGUAACAGCGAGCGGUGACACCGCAUUUCAAAAAUUUUUGAAAAUUAAAUUUUUUUAAAAAUUUACGUGAAUAAGCAUGUUUGACUUUGAAGGGUCAUAACUCGACGUAGGAUUGAUCGUUUUUAAUAAUCUUUUUUUUAAGCAAAAUGGCAACUACUAAGGAAUAAAAUGAGCUAUCGCUCAUAAAAAUUGAACAAUCCCAUAAAAAGUUAUAAGCAUUUUACAUCCGCGAACUUAGCUGGACCACCCUGUAUAUAUGGCUUAUGGGGUCUUCUUAAAUAAAGUUUUUGGCUAAAAAAGACCCUUGAAACAGAAUGCCACAAAAUGGCGGGACUUUCGAAAUUUCUUAAUCUUUCUUUUCUAUGAUGCUUAAAAAUUAAAGCAAUGUUUAGAGAGACCAUUGAGUAUAUCUAUGAUUCAAAAAUGACUUCUCCUCGGCAGACAACCUUAUUUUAGACAUCAAACCCAUUUUUUAUUUUUUUCCAAAAAUCUCGUUUUUAGUUGCCGGAACCGUAGUUUUUGUCCUAUUACCAUCCAACCAAUCCAACAGCCCACCUCGAGAAAAAAAAUCGUCCCCAAACGACAAAACUGAAGCGUCAUUUUUCGAAUCUGUGGAUCCCUCAACUAUGAGUUUCAAAGAAUUUGAGAAGUCGCUUCAAUACGACCGAGUAAAUUUGACCAUGGCCAACUAUCAACGAAGCUAUUUGAUCCAACGACCGCCUGAAGGGGUUUGCGAUGGAGUUGAGAUGGUGGUUUAUAUUAUGUCAAUGGCGGAUGAGAAAAGCUAUAAACAGCGAGAAGCGAUCAGAAAUCAGAUCAAAGAGCAGGUAAAUGGAGGUUAAAAAGUACAAAUAAGCUUCUCUGGACAGUUCUUUGACUUUUUUUAGUCUACGAAAAAGUCUUUUGGACCUUGAAACAGAAUGCCACAAAAGGCGGGAAAUUUGAAUUUUUGUUAUUUUUUACUAUUCAUUACUAUUUUUUGAAGGUAAAAUACUUUUAUCUAUUCUUUACGGGCCUUACACAGCCAUUUGGUGCAUUUUUUGACCCUUGAAACAGAAUGCCAAAAACAACGGGGAAUUUGAUUUUUCAAUCUAAAAUUUUAAAACUCUCAAUCUUGGCUUUAAAAUAAGUUUUACUCAACUCUCCUAAAAAUUUCAGAACCUAACCCACUCCAUAAUCGUCCGCUUUUUCUUGGGGAAACUCGAGGAUUUCCGCGUGGACCUCAUCGUCCCGGAAAUCCGCGAAUUCAACGAUCUCGUCUACUACAAUGUGCGCGAGUUUUAUCGCGACAACUUUAUCAAAUGGCACUCCAUGCAUUUCUGGCACUCGCAGUAUUGUCCGCAGGUCCCGUAUUUUCUGAAAUUGGACGAUGACACCAGUGUUUACUUUCCGCGGCUGUUUUAUUGGAUUGGAAAGAACUUUGACGGGAGGACCACAAAUUUGGACAAAUACUUUUUGUGUCCUGAAAUGAGAGGAUUUCGACCUGUCAGGGAUCGGAAUAAUGUUAGAUGGUAAGCAAUAUUAUUUUGCCUUCUCGUCCGGCGACAUUUUAUACGAUGAAAUAUGUUUACGGAAUUUGCCGUAUAAAAUGUCGGCAAGGGCUGAAAUUUGCAUAAAAGUGGGUUAUUCAGGACUACUUCGGGCUCAGAAAGUUUGUAAAUCAUUAGAUUUUUGUUACGAGACAUUUUAUACGAUGAAAUGUGUUUACGGAAUUUAUCGUAUAAAAUGUCACCAAGCGUUGAAAUUUACAUAAAUGUAGGCUAAUCAAGAUUACUGUGGGCCCAGAAAGUUUAUAGAUUAUAACUUUUUAUGUUAUGAGACAGUUUAUACGAUGAAACAUGUUUGAUGCAAUUUUUCGUAUAAAAUGUCGCCUAAUCGAUUGUUUUGAACUUCAAUAUCUUCUAUGGUAUCUAUAUACAUGCCAAAACUCUUUGUUUUACCAACAGCAUAUCUAUGGACUUUGUAUACCACUAACUUUUCCAAUCACAUUUGAUCGUAUAAAAUGUCACCCUUACAAAUUCCAGGUACAUCUCUCGCCUGGAAUGGCCUCGAACGUAUUGGCCGACCUACUGCUACGGUUAUUUUGUACUAACAACGAACAAAACGGUCGAUAUUUUGCUCAACACCACCAAAGAAACGAAGCUUUUACAUAUGGAUGAUGUCAUGUUUACGGGCGUAAUGGCGGAAAAAGCUGAUAUUCCGGUAGUGCAUUUCCCGGGAGUGGUUCCUAGAGUAAGCUCGGAUUUGAAUUUCCAAACAUUCACUUUUUAUGAGCAAAAAUAUUUUUUUGGUGUCAUGUGUAAUAUAAAAAAUUUUCAGAUUGCACAAGAUCGGCAUUGUGGCUCGGGAAGAGUACCACUGCGAAUCGCCGUUCAUAACUCGAAAACGCCGCUCCGAUGGCGCUAUGAUGCCGCUCGGAUUCGACGAACAUAUUGUGUGUAG